UCCGAUUUGUCGAUUCGAUGCUGACUGUCCUGGGCCCUGUCCACGACAAGACAUGAGCGGCGGCAUCGUUAGACCAGAUUUGUAACCAGUGCUCGUGCGCCUGAUUGGGUUCCGUUCGAAUGUUCGGUUCUGCCCCCAUCGCCCUUCGCGGGGCAAGGGCAACGCCCGAGGAGAUUGUGUGCAACACCCUGAGUCAGAUCGUCAAGCACUUCAACUGGAAGGGCGUGGUUGGCAUCCAGGGGGUCUCAACUAUCCACCUGUAUUGACCCUGGCUGUGCCAAUGAUGGGCCCAGCUUCGGCGUUGUCAGGAUCGGUUUGGAUGCACUGGAUAAGGAGCCCUGGGAUAAGGAAGCCAGAGCCUGAAAGCCGGUGGGAUACAAAUUGAUGUUUGGCACUGGAUUUCAUCGCCGCUCUCAUCAGAUAAGGAACCUUCCAUGCUCCGACGCCUCCCUGGCACACUCCUGAGCGAACGCCCCCACUGUAAGCUGGCGUCGUCCUAGGCAUCUCCAUCACGAAGCUCGUCUCCAAGGCAAUCGGCAUCGCGGACGACACCUUCUCGACGCUUGAGGCCAACGCCACCGAGAUUCUCUCCAAGAGCCUGAAGGGCAAGGCCUCCUUCGUGCACGUGAUGAUCCACACCACGGCCGCGGGAUACAGCGAGCUCGUCUUCGGGGACAGCGGCGCAGACGAGCAGCGGUGGCGCAAGCAGGUGGUGCUCUGCUGCACGCUGGGCAAGAGCGUCGGGGCUGUCCUCUUCAACGACGGGCGGCGGGUGCGGCACAGGGAGUGGUGCAAGGCCGUGCUGGAGGAGCCGCAGGAGCCGGAGGGCUGCCCGCCGCCCGCUGGACAGGUCGGAGGCGCUGCAGGCGUGUUCCGGUACGAGAUGGACGACCUGCGCUUCGACCCGCCCGCGCCAGGGACGAGCGAGUGGAGCUCGUGGACGGGCGCCGUGGACAGGAGCCUCGUCGGCAUGAUCGACUCGGUGCAGGGCCUGGACCGCGUCCUUGUCAUGCCCACGGGGCGCACGGCGCGGUUCGAGUACUGCGAUCAGAUCCUGAGCAUGCUGACCGCGUCUCACAAGGUUGCGGCUGAGAAGGGCUGCGCGCUGGAGCUCCUCGCGCAGCCGGAGGGCUCUGUCGUCCGCGGCGCCGCUAUCUGCGCGCUGGUCGAGUUGGAGAGCACUCAGGUGCUCAAGCAGCUCAUCCAAGUCCUGAGGAAGGCGGACUCUCUCCAAUCGCUCUCGGAGCCCCAGCUGCAGUAUAUAUUCGAGCAGCUGGACACCGCCGGUGACGGCGUCCUAUCGCCGCUCGAGCUCCAGGCUGGGCUGGAACAGCUCGGGAUCCAGCGAGAUAUGACAGCGCUGCUCAAGGAGCUCGACGUCGAGGACGGCGGCGCGGUCUCCAUGUCCCAGUUCGUCUCCUGGUGGACGGAGUGCGUGCGUUCCGCGCGCCUGGUGACGCUCACGAGCUCGACCGCCUGGCGGAGGCUGCUGGAGCUGCCGCCCCCCUCGGGCUUCGGCGACCUGAUCUGCCUUGAGGUGACCUUCACCUUCUGCAGGGCGUGCCGCCGCUUCGAUUCCAAGUUCAGGAAGCUGGCAGAGGAGUACGAACACAUCCGCUUCGUGCAGCUCGUUGGCAACGGGACCAUCGGCGCGAUGGACCUCUCCACCAAGGAGCUCGGAGUGAAGAAGUCUCCGUCCUUUUUCAUUUUCAGGCGCGGGAAUCCCGAGCCCCUGGCCUCCUGGACUGGCACGGACGUGAGCGUCUUUCGGGAGAACAUCGACAAGCUGUAGGCGGAGGAGCGCGAGUCGGUGGAGCUGCUCUCUGGCUUAUUCUGCCUCUGCAUGUGAGCCCGCCCCUCCUCAAGCGCCCGCGGGCCGCGAGUGGCGGAGUGCAGGCUCCAGUUGCCUGCUGUGCUUCCCCGAGGCAUCGCUCUGGGAGCCUCGGUCAUCCCACGAGCACCUGGGCGGUGAGGUGCUCGCGAGGUGGAACCUCUUGUUUUGAGAGUGUCGGCUCGGCGCACAUUGCUUCCGAGCCUGGCGUGGAGCGGGGGGAUGAUGGGG